GCUGAAUUCAAUUGCAGAGACAGAAGAAAAAAAGACAGAACAUAACCCAAAAGAUUCAAUUGUUUUGCUCUCUUCUUCUUCUACUCCUUCAUUGAGAAUCUUCACAAACAGAAAAAAAUGGAUUCUGAUCUUUAUAUCUUUGAUGGGUCUUCUUCUUCUUCCUCAAUUUGCCACAGUACUGAUCCUGAUAUGUUUUCUUCAGACACAACAACAACAACAGAUCUCUUCUGCAACAAUCCUUACCUCAAUCCUUUAAUGGAUGAUCAUCAAUCUCUCAGUUUCUUUGAAAGUUUUACUCCAACGACUCAUCAUCUCCUCUCUUCUUCUCCACCAAUCUCUCAGCUCCAAACCUUAACUCUCUCUCACACAAACAGUUUCCCCAAUUUCUCCGGUUUCGAAAACUACGACGCCGUCAAAACAGAGCAGCUCUUGUUUAACUCUUCCUUUGAUGCUCCAAUCAUGGAAGAUUCCUCGAUUUUCCAGAAUCAGAAUUUGUUAAACUCGCCGGAAGAUUCCUUCUUCUCCGGUCACAUGCGACGAGUUUAUAGUACCGGAGAUUUGCAGAAUUUAGGAAGGGAUUUUACGGGACAGAGAUCAUACUCGAGUCCUUUGGCGGCGGAGAGUACAUCAACGACGCUGUUUUCCGGCGAAGAACAAAGCUUGAGGGUGGGGCGUUACAAUUCCGAAGAACGUAAAGAGAAGAUUUCUAAGUAUAGAGCUAAACGAACACAGAGAAACUUCACCAAAACCAUUAAGUAUGCAUGCCGGAAAACGUUGGCGGACAACAGACCAAGAGUACGUGGCAGAUUUGCAAGAAACGACGAAGUUUUUGAGAACCCCAAGAUUGCUUCUUCCUUCACUAGACAAGAAAACGACGACGACCUUUGGAAUUUGGAUGGGUUGCAUGAGGAAGAAGAAGCUUGUGUGAACUUAGUGGAAUGUCAGUCUCAGUCUCAGUCUCAGUCUCAGCCUCAGUUGCAAAUGCAAUACAUGACGAAUUCCUACUGGUGAAAUUAAAGCCUCUGUUUGAGA